UUACUUGGAAAUCCCGUUUGGUUUAAAUUUAUACUGGUUAUUGAUUACGUCAUAAAGAUGGUUUCUGUUUCUCGUGCUGUGGGCACGUAUUCCCAGAAAAUUGUAUUUUCGCUUUUAUAGAAGCUAUAGCCACUAUAUGAAUGAGUUUUUAUUAGACCACACCACCUUAAUAAGGACUAUACAGAUUAAACAUGGAUCGAAAUCAAACCGAUUCCAAUAUAACCACAGAGACACCUACCAUGCCUUCGAGUACAGCACCGGAAAUAAAGGAUAAAAUAGAUAAUGGUAAAUGCCAAGAUGAGGAUUCGGAUGCUACAUCAACAAAAAGUGAAUUAGACAAUGGUGAAUCAAAAGAUAAGGUUCCUGAUACAAAAAACGGGAAAGAUAUAAAUACAAAUUUAGGUAACAGCUCCGACAAUCAAAGUAAAUCCAAUAUGACCACACAGACUCCUACCAUGUCUCCGAGUACAGCACCAGAAGGAAAGGAUUUAAAUACCAAUAAUAAAGUACAUAAUGGUAAAUGCCAAGAUGAGGAUUCGGAUGUUACAUCAACAAAAAGUGAAUUAGACAAUGGUGAAUCUAAAGAUAAGGUUCCUGAUACAAAAAACGGGAAAGAUAUAAAUACAAAUUUAGGUAACAGCUCCGACAAUCAAAGUAAAUCCAAUAUGACCACACAGACACCUACCAUGUCUCCUAUUACAGCACCAGAAGGAAAGGAUUUAAAUACCAAUAAUAAAGUACAUAAUGGUAAACGCCAAGAUGAGGAAUUUGGUGCUACAUCAACAAAAAAGGAAACAAAUAGUGAAUCUAAAGAUAAGGAUACAAAAAAAAGGAAAAAUGCAAAUUUACGUAACUGUUCCGACAAUUACAUGGAAAAAGUGGGAAUGCUUUUUGGAAGGUAUGGGAAGUUUGUAGCUACUUAUCCUUUUCUUUUCAUUAUCACACCUUUGAUAGUAUGUGGCUUGUUAGGUGUAGGUCUUUUAAAUAUGUCCUCAGAAUCCGACAUUGAGACAUUGUACGUUCCAAUCAACAGUCCUACCGCUUCUGAUAGAACAAAAGUUAACUCAUUAUUUCCAGAUAAAUCGGAUUCCAAUUUUUAUGAACACAGUUUAGGUCUGAUGAACUUAUAUGGUGACAUUAUAAUAAAGAGCCGAGAUAACAGAGACGUUUUAUCUUUAGAAGUUGUGGAUGAAAUCAGAAACAUAACAUCGCAACUCAAACAAUUCUCUUUUGAAGAUGGUGGCCUUAAUUUUACCUAUACCGAUGUCUGUGCCGUUAGAGAUGGGGCAUGUUUUAUUAAUGGGGAGUUUAUACUUGCAGAUUAUUUUAUACGACUCUACCAAGGUGGAAACAUCUCAUACCCUAAAUGGACAGAUCCACAAGGUAUCCCUACAGAUCUGUCUUUAUCAAUUAAAGGCAGUGUCAAUACCUCCAUGGUUUUAAAAUCAGUUUCUACUCUGUAUUUGAAGUUCCACCUUCGACAAAAAAACAUUUCGCGAAGUCAAAAAUGGGAGACAGAAUUUCUUGACUUCAUCUCAAAAAUGUCAACAAAUCUUACAGAUAUAGCUUAUUCUGUAUCAUCGUCGCUAGAUCAGGAACUGAAUUCUAAUACAGGACAAGAUAUAUUUUGGUUUUCAAUCUCAUUUACAUUAUUGAUUACGUAUGCUUCUGUGGUAGCUGCAGGUGGAAACUGUGUUUCAAACCGCAGCCAUUUAGCACGAGCUGGAGUUAUAGGAGUGGCCUUAGCUAUCUUAGCAUCCUUUGGGAUCCUCAGUGCUGGUGGUGUCAAAUUUGUUAACAUUGUCGGAGUCAUGCCAUUCUUAGCAUUGGGAGUAGGAGUGGACUCCAUGUUUGUUAUUAUGUCAGAAUGGACAGAACACCACCAUAAAGCAACCACCGAAGAUCAGAUGGAAGCGGCAUUAAAAGGGUGUGGUGGUUCUAUUACUAUAGCUUCACUAACUGAUGUCACAGCUUUCUUAAUAGGAGCCUCAUCUCAAUUCAUCAGCAUCAGAAACUUCUGUAUAUACACCGGUUUAGCUCUCGCCAUCAGCUAUUUCUGCCACAUGACCUUUUUCAUUGGUUGUUUGGCUCUACAGGGUAGGAGAGUAAGAGACAACCGUCACUGCGUUACUUGCCGAAAAACUGAGGACAAAGCCACGAUGAAAAUGGCGAAAAAAAAUCUCGUCAUUGUUGAACUUUGUUCGGGAAAAAUGGCAGACAAGCGAGAAGAUGAUGAAAGUGUGUUUGAAAAGCUACCACGAAUCUGUCUAACUAAAACAAUUCUGCAGAAAGUAACCAAAGCACUAGUUAUUUUUGUAUUUUUGAUAUAUCUAGGUUUGUCCAUAUGGGGAGUCCUUAAUCUAAAACAAGGGUUAAUUUUAAGUAAUUUAAUAAGUGAUACGUCAUAUUUUAACAAAUAUGAAUCUUGGAGAAGUUCCGAAUUUGAAACAAAAUUCAGCAUCUCUUUUACAUUUGAAAACAUUGAUUAUCUUAACGAAGCCCAAGUUAACUCUAUGAGAAAUUUCAUGGAGUCUGUUCAACACGAAUCCAUCGUGGAAAAUAAUUCGUUACUUUGUUGGUACCAUCAAUAUGUGGUCAGUAACAACUUUAGUAAUGUUUCUAAGAUUCAAUUCAUCAGUAAUUUAAAGGCGUUUUUAACUCAUCGUCCAUAUAUUUCUAACGACAUUGAAUUUACUUCUGAUGGUAGCGCAGUUAAAGCAUCACGGUGUUACGUGUUUACUGUAAAUCUACCUGAUUCUACAGAUCAAGGUAACCUCAUGUUGCGUAUGAGGGAACUUGCUGAUGGAUCUGAACUUGAUGUUUUUGCUUAUACACCACCGUUUAUUUUUUUUGAACAGUAUGUAGUUAUUUUGCCCAAUACCAUACAGACGGUUGGUAUUGCAGUUGUCUGUAUGUUGGUAAUCACAAUAAUAUUUAUGCCUCAUCCCAUAAUGGUUGUAUUAGUAACACUGAAUAUGAUCAGUAUUUUGGUUGGAAUUUUCGGGUUUUUAUACUUCUGGGAUUUAACUUUAAGCUCUAUUACUAUGAUACAUCUUAUAAUGAGUGUAGGGUUUUCAGUGGAUUUUAGUGUCCACGUGUGUCAUGGAUUUAUGUCCUCUGAUAAAGACAACAAAGACGACAUGGCACGAGAUGCAUUAAAGACUUCUGCAGCUCCGGUUAUUAAUGGGGGUUUGUCAUCUCUGAUUGGCAUAUGCACACUGGCAGGUUCACAGUCUUAUGUUUUUAGAUCAUUCUUUAAAAUCAUGGUUCUUGUUAUAAGUUUUGGUUUGGCCCACUCAAUGCUACUGCUACCAGUGAUACUUUCGUUGAUCGGCCCCGCUAAUGACUGUAAUAAUAAAGUUGGUCUACUUGCAUCACAAACAGAAGACAAAGAUAUAUCCCUCAAAAGCACAAAACCCAAUUUAACGCCCACAACGGAAAUACAUGAUAGUAAGAAUCUAUCAGUCAAUCCAACAACAGUAGCAAAAGAACAAGGGUGUGUAAACGAAGAAAAACCGAACAUCGCAACUUUAACACCAACCGAAAGCAUAAUACCCAAUAUAACAUCCACAACAGAAAUACAGGUCAGUACGAAACUAUAGCAAAAUAAUAUGAACUAGAUAUCAAGUACCACGCAACGCGCAAGAAGUAAAUAUAUCACUUAAGACAAACCAAGACAAGCACACCAAAUCACCCCUAUCGCAUCAAGUUACAUACAAUAGUUACAUAUAAUAUUAAUUUAUUAUUGUUAAUGACUUUUUGUGAUUGUCUGUGUUGGUAAGUGGACAAUCAUAUCUUGUAUUUUUCAAUAGUUUGCUUUAUCUUUAUAAAAGACAUAUUUUGUUUUUAGUAAAUAUAAAAUAUAUUAUCUUAAAGUGUGUGUCGCCCUAUCAUUAUUUAUUUGUAAUUUAAUCAUUGUGAUUGUCUGUGUUGGUUAGUGGACAAUCAUAUCUUCUGUUUUUCAAUGGUUUGCUUAAUCUUUAUAAAAGACACAUUUUGUUUUUAGUAAAUAUAAAGUGUGUGUUGCCCGAUCAUUAUUUAUUUGUAAUUUAAUCAUUAUGUAUUUUGUAUGUAUAUAUUGAAGUUAGCCUUAAAUAAAAGCUGAGUGUGUCAGAUA